UAAAUCUCAUCUGCUAAGCCAAUAUCGAAGAAUUUGCGAUUCGCCCACGCUAAAAAAAAAACAAAAUCCGAUAUUUUCUGUCUCCGAAGCUUAGUAGGAUCAUCGUGACCAUGGACGGAGGAGCAUCAUGGGCCGACCAGUGGGACAACGACGGCUCCGGCCGCGGUGGAGGCGGCGCAGGCGGCGGAGCACCGUCGUCGAACACGGCGAAGUACAAAGAGAAGAUGGGACAAGGUUUCGAGAAGACAAAAGCCGUGGCUUCUUCAGGGUUCAAGAAGAUCAAGCAUGGCUCAAGCUUAGGGUUUCGCUGGGUGAAGGACAAGUACCACAAGGCCACACAAAAACAUUAAGAUUUUAAACCCAUCUACAUACAUUCAUAUAUAUAUAUAUAUAUAUGUGUGAAUUAUUAUGCGGUGGUGCAGCUCUCAUCUAUUGUUUUCUUAAUCGAUAUGUGUGUAUUCAUUGUUUCAAGCUCUUUAGAUCGCCGUGUGUAUAUUUGUAUAAAAACGAUUAAUUUUGUAUUU